UCGCGGCUGCCACGAAAGCGUUAGCAAGGCAUCGCUAUUGUAUAGUUCGAGCUAUUGCACUCAUUGUUCCGCGGAUUUUGUACACGUUUUAGCUGUGUGGCAGAGUUAAUUUGGUUACAUAUUCAUUGUUCGUGUCCGGGGAAACUGCUUCGGUGCUUUUUCGAAGCUUUCACGAGCUAGGUUAGCUUAGUUUACCUUAGCUUAGCACAGCACCGUGCCGCUGAGCAGAGAUCGAGUGUGAGUGUAAAGUGUUGUGAUUGUGUGAAAAUGUGUAAAGUACAAAUGCUGAGAGCGUUGGUGAAUCAGAGACUAACUGCGGCUGUUGAAGAAAUAUUUGUAGUGUUGGAAAGAACGAUAGCAGAGUACGAGGAGGAACUUUCUCGAACAAAAGAGCAGAACGAGCGACAACGUCAACUACUGGACUCUGUUUUCCAGAAGAAGCACACAGCAGACAUCAGUGAAGAAGAUCUUCCCCCCGGCGUGGAGCAGGAGGGGCCCCAGCCCCACCACGUGAAAGAGGAAGAGGAGGAGCGCAACAUCAAUCAGGAGGGCGAGCAUCUUGAGGAACCAGAGGAGGCGGAUGUCGCCAAUUUUCAGUUGAAUCGUAUCAUUGUAAAGAGUGAAGACGAAGACUACAACGAAGCAACUGAUGGAGGUUGCUGCGGUGACUUGCAAGCAGGCGGCCUCUUAGCUCCGCUAUCAGAUAGCGACGACACGACGUCACACUCUCCGGACACUGAUGAUGAAGACUCCAAAGCUGAUGUGACAUGUCACACGGGCAGCACGCACUUCAAAUGCUCUCAAUGUGGCAAAACUUUUAGCAACAAGGGUAAUCUGAAAAGACACACGAGAAAUCACACAGGAGAGAAACCUUUCAUGUGCUCACUUUGCGGUAAAAGAUUCUCUCAGAAUGCACAUUUGAGAAGACACACACAAACGCAUACCGUCGAGAAACAAUCCUGUUCAAUCUGCAACAGAAGUUUGUGUGACAGUUCGGCAUUGGAUCGACACAUGAGAAGGCACCAUGCGGAGGAACCUUUAACCUGCUCCGUCUGUGGUUUAACUUUCACACGGAAGUCAGAUUUGAAAAGACACACGAGGACACACACUGGAGAGAAACCUUUUACCUGCUCCUUCUGCGGCGUUGGAUUUGCCGAGAAGUCAUGCUUGACAAAACACACGAGGAUACACACUGGAGAGAAACCACAUUCCUGCUCGGUCUGCAAGAAAAGCUUUCAUGACAGCUGUGGAUUGGAUCAACACAUGAGAAGACACAGGAGGAAAAACCCUUUUUGCUGCUCAGUCUGCGGUUUAAGUUUUAGACGCAACGCGGAUUUGAGAAUACACGUAAGAAGACACACUGGAGAAAAACCUUUUACCUGUUCAGUGUGUGGUAUCGGCUUUGUUCGGAAUCCAGAAUUGAAAAGACACAUGAGGACACACACUGGAGAGAAAGUGUUUGGCUGCAAUAUGUGUGAUGAAAGAUUCUCUUAUAAGUACCAGGUGAACAAUCACAAGUGUGCUGGUGAGAACAGCAGCAGUAAAUGAAGGAUUUGCAGGACUUGUCAGGAUUUAAAUGUGCUUUACUGCAGAAGCUUGUAACUGGAAGGACGCAGGCAUGACAUUUGUCAUUUAUUUGAUUCCUCGGUCAGCGCAUCAGUAGUGCAUUGUUUGAUUGGUCAUGUCUUCUUUCCAGCGUUAUGGACGUGUCAGUACAGCGUGAAAUAAAUCUUUUUCUGUGAAACAGU